AUGUGUUAUCAAACUUUAAUGAGCACAUUUCAAGACGUUGCCUAUAGGUUGCUUCUUGCAGUCACGGCUCUCCUCGUCAGCACAGCAAUCGUCCUGCUCCUAUCAUCGACUCCCUCGCAGCACGGCAUCCCCACCUUUGACCUCGCACGCGUUCAAGCCAUCACGACCGUUCAGACCAGCACGCCCUUUCAAUCCGACGUUCCAGAGCCGUCCGAUCUGCACCCAGCAGCAGCUCCUCUCCGUAGAUCUUCUCAAUCAGUUUCCGACGCAUCUAUAGAAGAACCCCCUACUACUCUCCACUCGCAAACUCCCCAUUCAGACCCCAUCAAGGAGACGCAUCCCCACCAGACGGGUCGUCGAGACGACCCGUCACUCGAACCAGAGGACCCAGAGAUAGACCCAUGGCUCGAGAGCCUGUGUCUGGGGAAGCAGAAUAAAGGCUGCGAUCCAGAUCCCAACGCCGGGAGCCGUUUACGAUCUGGCUCAGAGGGUAAGGGGCGAGUUGGGGGAGCUGGGGGGGUUCAAUGGGUGGAGCCGGUGGGAGAUGAGCCUCAGUCGGAGAUAGAGGCCAUUUGGGCCGCUCAUGCCGCCAAACACAUGACGUUCGGGAAGGUGCACCAGCCCAGACGCCCGGCCGAGGCUCGGGAAGAGGUUCGGGAAGAAGCUCUUGAAGAGGCUGGGGACAAGGUUCGGCAUCAUGACUGGAGUGAGGGAAGGGGGGAAAUUAUGGAGAUAGGGGGGAUGGAGGGGAUACCAGAGGGCACGUCCUUGCAGCAGGAGAAAGAGGAGGAGCAGGAGCAGGCGGAGCAGGGGCAGAAGAGGAAGGAGGAGGAGCAGGAAGAGAAGGGGGAUGAGACGCAGGAGGAUGGAGAGGAGGGGGGGGACACAGAAAGAGAACAAAAGGAGCCGUGGCGCAUCUCUUCCUUCUCCACUCACAUCGGACUGUCAAGAGAUAUACGCCUCUCCUCCUCCACCGUCCAUCGGAGAGUCCCCACCUCCCCCACGUCCCCCGCCUCCCCGCCCUCCCUCCCCCCCGCGCCCUCCUCCCCCUCGUUCCCCGCCCCCUCGCCCCCCACCCCGCUCCCCCCCUCCUCGUCCCCCUCCCCCAAGCCCUCCCCCCAGCCCUCCCCCCAGUCCGCCUCCCCCGCCCGGGCCAAGGUGAUAAUCCGUUCCCAGACGUCGCAAACGUGGUGGGCAGCAGCAGACGGGGUCAACUGGGAGCGGCACACACGUUCUCUUGCCCUCCCCCGCUCUUGCCCUCCCCCCCUCUUGCCCUCUCCUCCAGAUAAUAGUGCGAUCCAGGACGCACUCCCCCUCCUCCCUCGCCUUCCCAUCUUCCUCUCUUCAGGUGGUAGUGUGCACCAAGACAUGGGGCACGUGGUGAUAGUGCGCACCAAGACAUGGGGCACGUGGUGGGCAGCAGCAGACGGGGUGAACUGGGAGGGGCGUGUAAGCCGGGUCUAUUCCACGCCCAGUGCUUCACAGGCGCUCACCAUCAUUCGAGUUUCCGACACUGAGUUCCAAUUCCUGACUCCCAGCAACACCUUUUUAACCAAGGCCCCGUCCAUGUUCCUGGAGACCACAACCAACGGCUCAGAUCCUCUCACAGUGUUCACCAUCGAAUACAUUCCAGACACGGUCUACGUGGUCUUCAAGUCCUCUGAUGGAUGGUACAUCUCCCAGAAUGGCGAGAGUGGCCCGCAGUUCUGGUGGCAGGGGGAGCCGGGCGACUGGGAGCGGCUUGACGUGCGGGAGAUCAUGUGGGUGCCGGCGAUUCGAGGGGCGAAUCUGGGGUCGUGGCUCAUGACUGAGCCGUGGAUGAACCGAGAGGUUUUCAAGUUUGCCGGAUACGGCGACGGCACCCGGUUCACUCUUCGCUCGGUGAUAUCAGGCCAAUACGUCUCCGCACCCGGUGGCGGUGGAACAAUUAUGACUUGCAACGGUUCUCUCAACAAGGACACCUACCUCCACCUCACCACCGUUCGAAACGCCUCGUCCAACACUCGUAGAAUAUCCGUGCAGUGGCUGCAGUACUGGGCUGUGCGGGACAACUCACCAAACGUCUGGGUCCAAUCCACAGAGCCUGAGGGUGCAGCGAGCAACUUUGAGCUCUUCAUUUAUGGCACGCCACUGAACGCAUCAACGGAGCAGAAAGGUGGCAGUGUGCGCGUGGUGCUGCGCGCUCCCAAUGGCCUCUUUGUCCAAGCCAACCCUGACGGCUCCCUUACCGCCGAUCUUAUGGACUCACUUGACAAUGACGCCAUCUGGUCCAGCGCUGCUGCCUUCGACCUCACUGUGCUGUGGCGAGUGGAGGCCGACUGGCAGGCAGCCUACACAGCCGGCAAGGCCGCACCAUCGAUCUACGAGAACAUUCGCCGAAACUUCAUCACGGAGGCAGACUGGCAGAAGAUGCAAGAGCUGGGGAUCAACACAGUCCGCAUCCCCCUGGCCUACUGGAUCGGCCUAGACGCUUCCCCCGAGUUCCCAUUCGUGCCCGGCGCGGCAACGUACCUGGAUUGGGCGUUUGAGAUGGGGAGGAAGUACGGAGUGAGGAUUUGGUUCAGCGUACAUGUGGCGCCGGGGUCGCAGGCGGGCAAGGGGAAUGCGCGGGAUGGGCUGAUUCGCUGGCGAGGGGCGAAUAUCAACCGCACCCUCGACUUUGUGACUUGGCUGGCUGACAGGUAUGGCGCCGACCCUAUGUGGCUCGGAAUGGGGCUGCUGAACGAGCCUGUGGUCCCCGGAGCCAACGGGUACGCGGGGGUGGAUCUGGAGGACAUGCGGGGGUACUACUCGGCGGCCUUCAACGCCAUUCGCGCGCGCUGCCUGUGCUGCUUCGUGGCCAUGGAGGGCCGCGUGGGCAGCAACUUUGGCGACGUGAUGUGGCACAUGAGCGACGCGUGGCACAACAACGUGAUCCUGGAGCAGCACAUCUACGAGGUCUUUGGCAACUUCUUCAGCUCCCAGGGCGUCAACUUUGAACUCGAUUACGCCUACACCACCCGGGUUAACAACAUCGUCAGCUUCCAAGAGAAAGUGGGGCGGCAGCUGCUGGUGGGGGAGUUCUGCAAUGCGAUGGGCAACAGUGCAACGCCAGAGCAGCAGGCCAACUUCUCCCUCGCCCAGAUGAAGGCCUUUAGCCUCGCCAAGGCCGGCUGGUUCUUCUGGUCCUGGAAACUCAACACCACUGGUACGUCCCUGCUUCCCUCCCCUCCCUCUUGUUAA